AUGAAGAAGGUUGUCAUUUUCCUUUUGGUUGCAUUGAUUGCCCUCCUGGUCUUCACUGUUGUUGCACAACAACAGCAAUCGAAUUCUCCCACCCAAGACGAUAGUGCUGCUGGUGCUGCUGAUGAAAUGGGACAAGGUCCAAUGGCCUAUGAAGAUGAGUGGGAUGAAGAACAAAGUUCCUAUGAUCAACAAUACAAUUAUCCCUCCUAUUCGUAUGGUCAACAGCAACAACAAUACCCUUAUAACUAUCAACAACAACAAUAUCCUUACUACGAUCAACCAUAUAAUUAUCCAUAUCAACAACAAUACUACUAUUAA